AUGAAGGAUCUGCUGACGCCCACACCGUAAGAUCUCUGCACGGGAACCGGAUACCAGGUACCAGGCCAGCAAGUCCAGCCAGGAGAAGCAGCAACUCUCACAACCCGCUCUCAUAAAAAAGAUUACACAACAAAGCAGCCCACUCCACACAAAUUCCAGAACACUUACUAGGUGCGUUGCUUUGAAAAUGAACUACUUGUUGACAUUGUUUUCUCUCCUGUUCGUCGCAUCGGUGGAUUCUUUUUUGGGGGGCAUGGCUUGUGGCAUCUCGUCUGACCAAGCAGUUCCUUCCUCGGAUUCAACGUGCUCGCCACUGCAGGUCAACGAGAAAAUGAGUGCCAUGGAAACCGCCAAGAAAUUCGAUGCUCUGAUGUCCGAGGGCAAGAUUGAAGAAGCCGCUGCCAUGGUGACUGACGACUUUGAGUUCACAACGCCUAUGCAUACGCUGACGAAGCAGCAAUGGAUGGAAAAUGCCGAGAAGCUACACAAAGAGCGACCUGAAUUUACCGACUUUGAACCGGGUAGCAACGACAAGGAAGUCAAGCGGAGCGGAAAGAAAAGGAUGAUGAUGGUGAACUUGACCAUGAAAGAGACAUGGACGUUUGAUGAUGCGGGCAAGAUCGUGUCCAUCAAGGGAGCCAAAGCCUAAAAGCCACACAUCUAUCAAAGACGACGGAUUCGUAGAAUUCAUUUGCACAACAUUCAUCAAGUCAACAACAAUACACCACGCACAAAAAUCAAACAGAAAAAAAAAGCACUCCACGAACAACACCAAUCACCAACCUGUAGGGUCAUAGUCGAGGGCAUCCCUGACCAACAUCACUCUAGCUACCGGACAAAAGAAUUUAUACUCAUGCUUUCUUUAGCUAGCCUAAGAAAUUAAAAAGACAUCUUUCCCUUGCGC